UCAAAUCCUAUUUACUUCGCUUUCUCUAUUAAUUACUUCCCUGCAUUUCAACACAAGACAGGACUCUAGGCUCUGAUUUGUUUCGAUUUAGUGUUAGGGUUUUUGAUUGAUUUCAUCGACGACGAAAAUAAAUUAAACCGCAAAAAAUGGCUGCGGAGGCGGACUCCAGCGCGGGGGUUGCGGCGAUUGAGGAGGUGAACGUAAACAUCCGAUGCUCAAACGGCUCUAAAUUUUCGGUGAAAACGAGCCUCGAAUCGACGGUGGCGGAAUUCAAAGGUGUUUUGGCGCAGAAUUGCGAUGUGCCAGCUGAACAACAGCGGUUGAUCUACAAAGGCCGGAUCUUGAAGGACGACCAAACCCUAGUCAGCUAUGGUUUGCAGGCAGAUCACACUAUUCACAUGGUUCGUGGUUCUGCACCAGCUGCUACAUCUUCUCCUGCUCCUGUUCCUACUGGUGCUGGGAACACCAACACAACUCCUGCUGCCACACAAGGUGGUGGCCCUAAUCCCGGGGGCACUGGGGUGGCUGGUACAGGUGCAUCCUUGUUUCCAGGACUUGGCUUAGGUGGACUAGGUGGGACUGGGGCAUCUGGAUUAUUUGGAGCUGGACUUCCGGAGUUUGAACAGGUGCAGCAACAACUAACUCAGAAUCCUAACAUGAUGAGGGACAUAAUGAACAUGCCUGCCAUUCAGAGCUUAAUGAACAACCCUGAGAUUAUGCGCAGCCUAAUUAUGAGUAACCCUCAAAUGCGCGAGAUAAUUGAUCGGAACCCUGAACUUGCUCACAUUCUGAACGAUCCUAGUGUCCUUCGGCAAACAUUAGAAGCGGCAAGGAACCCUGAGCUAAUGCGUGAAAUGAUGCGGAACACUGACAGGGCAAUGAGCAACAUUGAAUCGUCUCCUGAGGGAUUCAACAUGCUCAGGCGCAUGUACGAAAAUGUCCAAGAACCCUUCCUGAAUGCAACAACCAUUGGUGGUAAUGCUGCAACUGAUGCUGGGUCAAAUCCAUUUGCAGCUCUCCUGGGGAACCAAGGGGGUGUACAAACUAGAGGGGGAGCUAAUUCAACAACUGCAACUGAAACAGGAACAGCUGUUCCAAAUGUUAAUCCACUUCCCAAUCCAUGGAGCAAUACUGGAGGUUCUCAAACAACCAAUACUACCAGAACUAAUCCAACUGGUGAUGUGAGGCCACCUCCAAUUACCGGACUGGGAGGACUCGGUCUUCCUGAUUUAGAGCGUACAGGCAUGGGUGAUCCUGCUGCAUUCGGUCAGUUGUUGCAAAAUCCGGCUGUGGCACAGAUGAUGCAGAGCUUGCUUUCCAACCCUCAGUACAUGGAACAACUCAUGGGCCUGAACCCUCAACUCCGCAGCAUGCUUGACAUGAACCCUCAAUUAAGAGAAAUGAUGCAAAACCCUGAACUUCUUCGACAGUUGACCUCAUCUGAUAUGAUGCAGCAAAUGAUGGCUUUGCAGCAACAACUUACUCGGCAGCAGUCAACCCCUGAAGGAGACCAGACUAAUCAAAAUAGAGGACCACAAAACAAUAUGGGUUUGGACAUGCUGAUGAAUAUGUUUGGUGGGCUCGGAGCUGGUGGCUUCGCUGUUCCUAAUGCCCCUGACGUGCCCCCAGAAGAACUGUAUGCAACUCAGCUAUCGCAGCUACAAGAGAUGGGCUUCUUCGACACUCAAGAGAACAUCAGAGCUCUCCGCGCCACUUCAGGAAACGUGCACGCAGCUGUCGAACGCCUCCUAGGAAACCUCGGGCAAUAGUGUGGACAAAUUGUGUACAAUUUUUUGGACGCAAAGGAAAGUAAAAGAAACUAGUCGAGUUUGGUUACAGGCAUAUUUACAUGAGAGACCACAUGAGCAAUUGAGCGUGAGAAUAAAAAUACAACUCACUUUUGUGUUGGGGCUUUUAUGCUCUGUCGCCAUGGGAGAUUUCUACCAUCAUAGUAAUAUUGAUUUGUGCCUGUGUACAUACAUACUUAAAGAAUUAUGUUCCUCUUGACAUCUUGUAUUACUUCUAAACACUUUCUCUUCUUUUCAUUUAUAACAUUGCACUUUAUGUUUA